AUGGCAAGGCAACCGGACCCGCGCAUUACUCUCGCCGUUGCCCGAGUCAUUCCGGUGGUCCUUUUCGGCGUCAUUAUAUAUGCCUGCUAUGCGGUUACAAAACCACUGUGCAUCGAUUAUCUGAUCCAUCCGCUCCCGAAGUAUGACCGCCCGAGCCGCGUUGGCGCAGGCGCAGCGAUAAUCGCAGUAUUCUAUGCCCUGUUGUUAAUCCUCUUAAUCACCUAUUUCCGAUUAUUGUAUAGCGUGGUGUGGAACCCGGACCUCCUACCUCGACCCUCAGAUCUGGAGAAAGAGUCUGCCCAUCCAUCGUCUCGGCAUUCGCAGGACCGUCCUUGGAGGAAGAGAAAGUCGCAUCGGAAAUCAAAACCGACCGAAAUAUCGGAUAAACCCGAGGGAGAUGUUGAAAGAGCGCUCGAUUAUAAUGCGGGGCCGAUGAUGCUCCCGUGGGACACAGCUGGGUUGGAGAACUUUUAUAAGAAAGACGUCUUUGUGUGCCAACCGGAUGGGAGGCCUAUGUAUUGCUCGAAAUGCUGCCAUUAUAAACCCGAUAGAACCCACCAUUGCCGAGAGGUGGACCAUUGUGUUCAGAAGAUGGACCAUUUUUGUCCUUGGGUUGGAGGUGUGGUGUCGGAAACCUCGUUCAAGUUCUUCAUCCAGUUCGUUUUUUAUACAGCAGUAUUCUGCUCCUUUAUCAUGAUAGUAUGUGCGAUUUUCACUGCAGAAUUGAAAAAAGAUACCGGCGAUGUUAACCCCCAUUGGGUUAUCGGCAUUGGACUGAGCGGCUUCUUUGGCUUAUUUACUUUUGGAAUGACUAUGAGCUCUAUGCAAUUGGCCGCCUCCAAUCUCACGACAAUCGAGAACCUCAACCGGCGAUCUGCAGUAUGGACCUUGGCUAUCCGGGUACCGAACCAUGUGCUCUCAUCACGAUGGGCUCCAACCUUUCACACUGUAACCUACCCACUACCACCCAUGCCCCCUCCGCCUCCGCCUCCUCCGCAGCCCCCGAUGCCAACUCACCCCGGAAUUGGAGGCGGCGCCCAACCUCCCAUGUCAAAUUACCCCGGAGCUGGAGGUGGCUACCCACCUCCGCUCCCACAACCUCCAACAGGCGCUGAGCAGCAUGUCUUCGCCGUCCUCCAAACCCUACCUGGAGAGAAUCCCUUCGAUCUCGACAACCCCCUCAAGAACCUCCAACAAGUGCUUGGAUACUCCAUCGUUGACUGGCUUCUCCCUCUGAAGCGCAGCCCAUGCGCAGACCAUAGCAGUUUUGAAAGCGAGUUCGCUAUGGGGCCCGUAGUGUCCCGACUGAAGAGGGAGGCAGGACUGGAACUUGCAUCUGCUGCGGAAAUUAAUGAUAGUAGUAAUAAUGAAGCAGCACCCACACAUGGCCAGCCAAAACAUAAACGAAGACGAGGAAGGCACCACCAUCAUCAUAAACGACCGGAAUGA